AUGCUCUGCAACGUAUGUAAGGAUGGACUCGAAGGGAUGUGGGACCCAAGUCGAACCAAGCGGCUUGCGCUACUAGAAGACUUCAAGGACAAUGAAGGCGGCGACAACAAUAGCAAGGCUUUAGGCUUGCUCGAUGCCGGGAUAGAACAUUCGAAGAGUCACGGAAUUGACGAGUACGUCUACGGUCACCAUAAAGAUAAAGACUCCUUCCGGGCGUCGGUGCGAGAGGGAUGCGCCAUGUGCAAUAGGUUCAGGUCCCCAGGUCUGAACCGUGAAAACCUCAAGUUACAGAGUCUCGGCUACUAUUCGGUAUUUUACGUGGAAAUUCGAAAGAAGGGCGAUGUGGACACACCACUUAUGUUCGUUGAAGUGGGAAUCUCGUCGGGAGGUUUUGACUUUGUGCCGUUUGGAGAUCCGAAAUUCGACCAUAACAUAAACUUCAACUUUGGGCGUUCUAACCAUGAUCACAUGGCAUGGUCCAUCAUGGACAAUUGGAUGAAGACGUGUUUCGAGUCUCAUACCCAAUGCAAACUUCCGGAGAUAUCACCUUCAUAUCGACCUACUCGUUUGAUCAAGAUAAAUAGCCAAAGAACAGUCCGUCUUGUCCAGGGGGUCGAGUGUCCAUCCAUCAUUCGAUAUGUAGCAUUAAGCUAUUGCUGGGGCAGUAAGCCUGUAGAGAACCUGCUACGCCUUCUGCAAUCAACCUUGGAAGAGCUGAGCCGGGAGCAGCCAGUCGACAUUCUUCCAAAGACUUUCAGAGAUGCAAUAGAAGUCGCUCAACAUUUCGGAGUCAAUUACAUUUGGAUUGAUCGACUCUGCAUCUUUCAAGACUCCCCUGAGGACUGGCAGAGAGAGGCUUCAACAAUGCAAGACGUAUAUCGCAACGCUCUUUUCAGCAUUGCCGCCACUGGGGCCAAAGACGACGAAGGCGGGUGCUUCUUUGAGCGAGAUCCAGCAAAAGUGGCGCCGACGAUUGUCCGCAUCAAACUGACUGAAGACAGCGAGGAGAAAGCCUUUAGGUUUGGCCUUGAAAAGGCCUGGUCUUGGCGCCUUUCAUUUAGGAACGAGCCUCUGGUUCAAAGAUCUUGGGUAGUUCAGGAACGGCUUCUCGCGCCUCGAACCCUGCAUUUCGGAUCCAAGCAGGUGUUUUGGGAAUGCCGCGAGGCGAGUUGCUGUGAGAUGCACCCUCAAGGUGUUUUUAACUUUGAAAGCGUGUUCAAUGGCGACGAGGGGAUCGAAGAGGCGGACCCAUGCCCAAAACACCCUUUCCUCUGGAAGCAGUUGCUCGACGCGCCGGAUCGGAUCGAUGUUAGCGACCCGUAUGAACAGCUCUUUUCCGACUGGAAAUCGAUUACCAAUUACUACGUUGCUCGGAAACUGACGGUUGCCAGCGAUAAGCUGGUUGCUCUCUCUGGAUUGGCAAAUGAUAUGAAGACUAGACUUAAGCAGCUGAGACCGGGGCCGCAUCGUUAUCUGGCCGGCCAUUGGGAGGAGACAUUGAUGGAUACAAUCAUGUGGAGCGUCGGUCGUGGCGAGGCCAGGCGAGCGUUGCAGUAUCGAGCACCGUCGUGGUCUUGGGCAUGCAUGGACGGCGGUCUCGGCCUGAUGGGAGGGUGCAGACAAGGGAAUGGCGUUUCCUUCGCAACCAUGGUCUCUGUGAAGACGGCACACUCCGGUAGUGAAGAUACAGGAGAGGCCGUUGGGGACAUAUUGACACUGGCAGGUCCAUGUGCUGUGGUCCAGAUAGACGUCGAACAGUUCCAGCCUAGCGGUUACCCGAGGUAUAAGACUGAGAAGUUUGUUCAGAGUAUCGAGGAUGACGAGGGAAACAGCCUGUAUGAGAGAAAUGAGACUGGAAUCAAAAUCUCCUUUGAUACCUUGGAAGAUUUUGUUGAGGAAGCUCUUUUAAUGUGGAUGUGUUCCCAUAUGUAUUAUGGCGGAAAAUGGUAUGGCCAUGGCCUAGCACUCAGUCGUGUGGAGGAGGAUAGGUAUCGUAGGGUGGGAUUGGUGCGUAGAAGAUUUAAUAACGAGAACGAUGUGCGAAAAUUCAGCAUAGGAUUCUCCCAUAAACAGGUCGAGAUCAUAUGA